CCAAUCCAAUCGGACUCCUCGCUUGCUUUGCCUCUCCAAGUAGCAGCCCAGCUUUUUAUCGCGCGGCGGAUCGAAGAAAACCCUUCCGCCGCCCCUCUUUCUCUCUCUGCCUCCCUCGCCCGAUCUCUAGGAUUCGCGCUUCUAAUCCUUUCUUCCGAAAUGUUCCUCACCAGGACUGAGUACGACCGAGGGGUCAACACUUUCUCCCCGGAGGGAAGGUUAUUCCAGGUCGAGUACGCCAUCGAGGCUAUCAAGUUGGGCUCGACGGCGAUUGGGUUGAAGACGAAGGAGGGCGUGGUGCUCGCGGUCGAGAAGCGGGUGACUUCCCCCCUGCUGGAGCCAAGUAGUGUGGAGAAAAUUAUGGAGAUUGAUGAACACAUCGGUUGUGCAAUGAGUGGGUUGAUUGCUGAUGCACGGACUCUUGUUGAGCAUGCACGUGUUGAAAGUCAGAAUCACAGGUUUUCUUAUGGUGAACCAAUGUCUGUUGAGUCAACUACACAAGCUCUCUGUGAUCUUGCUCUUCGAUUUGGUGAAGGAGAUGAAGAAUCCAUGUCACGACCUUUUGGGGUGUCUCUUCUGAUUGCAGGCCAUGAUGAAAAUGGGCCCAGCCUCUACCACACAGACCCAUCUGGCACGUUUUGGCAAUGCAAUGCAAAAGCAAUAGGUUCAGGUUCAGAAGGAGCUGACAGCUCUCUUCAGGAGCAAUACAACAAGGACUUGACCCUUCAAGAGGCUGAAACAAUAGCUCUUUCUAUUUUGAAGCAAGUGAUGGAGGAGAAGGUGACUCCAAACAAUGUUGACAUUGCCAAGGUUGCUCCAACUUAUCAUCUGUACUCCCCUUCUGAGGUCGAGGCUGUCAUUGCUCGCCUAUAAAUUAUCCAUAUAUCUUCUUGUUAUUUGUUUGCCUUCCACCAUAAUCAUGCCCUUGUUACCAACAUUUUUAUCUGGAGAACGUUUCUAAUGGUGAUGGUGGUGGUGGUAGACUGGGAAGAGGAACUAGUCUCGUUCAACAGAAGGAUUUUCUUUUGUUGUACAUUAGCAUGUAGUGUUUGACAUGGUAAAGAUUUAUACUGCCAAUGUCUGGUUCUCUUUUGUUAGUCAUGUGUCAGUAGCAUUGACUAUUCUGUUACAAAUAAAUCCCUUCAUUGAUACUUUGGUUA